AAGAUAGAUAGCUAAUAAAAGAUCCACCCUCGGGCUUCUGAUCCAAUGAAACAGGAGCUACCCAAGCUGCUGCACAACAGAUUGUUUGCUCUGCUACAAACAAUUGGAAAUGAGAAGGAUCGUGUCAUGAGAACCGAAUCCAAGACGAGUUUAUAUUCCUGGAAAAGAAUGUCGGAGAGAACUUUAGUUAGCCAAUGGUGACGGGUGUUGCUGUCACGUCUCUGAUUUGCCAAAAAGGUAUCUUUUGGGCAGCUCACAAAAUGAUGGAUUCUCAUCAAAAUUUCGGCGGGAUGAGAGCCAUCUGGUUUUGAGAACCCUGUGGUUGGAGGCAGCAUAGCAACCAAGGCUACCGGGAGAAGGUAGGUGUCAACUCGAAUUGGCGGCUGUGAUCUUGGUGUUGCGAUCAAUCCUGUGGUAGGCGUAUGUGCUACUAGCAUUGGCAUAUCGUACGUUAGUUGGUUGAGUUCGCUGGCCGCUUCCCAUCCAUCCAAAGCGAAGCUUCUUGGUUGAUGUAUCAAUUCUGUUGGCAGUUGAGCCAUCAUCCAUCCUCUCCCACAAAAAAGGCAAGACAACAGAAGAAAAAUAUUGAAGUGAUUGAUAUUAAAAGUACAAGACAGAGGUUUGGCUCCUCUUGGAACAGAUAGAUACAUUGAUAUAAGCACCCACGGUAAAGGACUCGCAGACUGACUUGCUGAACAAAGAUUGGAGACUGACAAAGCACAAAAGAUAUUUUUGAUUCAUUGGACAUCACCCCAAAAGAUUUUCAACAUGGAUACUGUUGUUGAAGGCUUCAUGAUGGAUCCUACUAAUGCUACUGAAGCACCAGACUCGACCGUCCUCUCGGCAUCGACUCCAAUCUGGAUCGAUGAGGUGUGGCUGGAUACUGUGGCUGUGGUUGGAUUGACAUGCUUUAUCCUGUGUCUCAUGGGCCUCAGCAAGGUCCCGACCGCCAAAAUGGGCAUGCUCUACGGUAUGGCAGGCAUGGGCGCUCUCAUUGCGGCGUACUGGGCCGAUGAGGCGUACACCUACGAAGAUGGCACUUGGUUGAUUGCCGUCAGCAUGGCCCCUGGAAUUAUCCUUGGACUUGGAUCUGCGUUUGGAGUGGCCAUGACGGGCUUGCCAGAGAUGGUGGGAGCCUACAAUGGAUUUGGUGGAUUGGCAGCUGCUCUCGAAGGAAUUGGAUUGUAUCUGGACGAAGAUUCGACCACUCUGAUGCGCUAUGGCAAUUGGCAAGCUGACCAGACCAGCAGCAUGUUGUGGGUGCAAGCAAUCGCUCUGGUCUUGAGUAUCAUUAUUGGAAUGAUGACAUUCACUGGAAGUAUGAUUGCUGUCGGAAAGUUGAACGGCACCAUUGCCAGCAAGCCGCGUGUCAUCCCCUUUCGAGGGCUUUUCACGCUGCUGAUUUUCGCAGCCAUGGCAGUCUUUGGAGCCUUGGCAUUUGCCGGAGAGCCCGCUUGGAACAAUCGCAAGGAGGGUCUUGCAUUCUUGCUUGUGGUGACCUUCUUGGCCGCAGUGGAGGGUAUUGCAGCUGUCAUGGCAAUUGGAGGAGGUGACAUGCCAGUCAGUAUCUCGUUCCUCAACUCGCUCUCUGGAUUCUCAACCUCCGCGGCGGGUUUCAUGUUGUCCAACAAGGCCUUGGUGGUUGCUGGAGCCUUUGUUGGAUGCUCUGGAAUUAUUUUGACCUUGGUCAUGUGUAACGCCAUGAAUCGGUCUGUGUCCCAUGUACUCCUCGGAGGAUUUGGUGACGGCGCUUCACCGGCUCCUGUCAAGGCCGACGGCGAUUCCCCAGAAGAACAGGGAACUAUCCAAGAGGUCUCAUCCGAAGAUGUUGUCGAGAUGUUGACAAGUGCCAAGUCUGUCAUCAUUGUUCCAGGAUACGGCAUGGCUGUCGCCAAAGCUCAGCACACUAUUCAGGAACUCACUUCACGCUUGCGAUCUCGUGGUAUCAAGGUCCGAUUUGCCAUCCAUCCCGUGGCUGGACGUAUGCCGGGACACAUGAACGUGCUCCUUGCAGAAGCCAAUGUUCCCUAUGAUAUCACCUUGUCCAUGGACGACAUCAACCCUGACUUUCCCGAGACGGAUGUUGUAUUGAUUCUAGGAGCCAAUGACAUUGUCAAUCCAGGAGCUGAGCGUGACCCCCACAGCCCCAUUGCAGGAAUGCCUGUCCUGAAGGUCUGGCAAGCGAAGCAAACCAUUGUGAUGAAACGUAGUCUCCGUGUCGGUUAUGCUGGAGUCGACAAUCCUUUGUUCUUCCAUGAGAACAACGCCAUGUACUUGGGCGAUGCCAAGAAGAGCACCGACAAGCUUGUGGAACUCAUGGGCGAAGCUUUAGACAACGGGGCUGCCGAUACCAAUACAGGAGAUGUGGAAGCCCAAGAGUCCGCCGCACGAGACGAAGAACGCAAAAAGGACGAAGAAUUCAUGGCCAGCAUUCCCACGUUGCACGCAGAAGCAACCCUCAAGCUUGGAGUUAUCAAGGAAACCGAGGAUGGAGAGAAAAAGGUUGCCGUCGUCCCCGAAGGUGCCAAACGACUCUUGCAGAAGGGAAUCCGUGUCCUUGUCGAGACUGGAGCUGGAAACGGUGCCGACCUCUAUGAUUCUUACUAUGAAAAGGCAGGAGCAACCGUCCUCUCUAGUGCCCAAGCUGUCAUGGAUCAAUGCGACGUCCUUGUCAAGAUUCGCGAACCCAUUGUCCACCCUGUCACUGGACGACACGAAAUUGAGAUGCUUCCUGCUGGCAAGUCCAUGAUCUGUUUUGUGGGACCCCGCACAGACAAGGGCAAAGAACUGUUGGCCAAGGCCAAGGAAUGCCGUGUCAAUCUGCUCGCUGUGGAUGCCAUUCCCCGUAUCUCGAGGGCACAGGCUCUGGAUGUACUAAGUUCCCAGGCCAAGAUUGCCGGAUACCGCGCCGUCGUGCAAGGCGCCAACAACUAUCAACGCUUCUUGAACGGUGAAGUCACUGCUGCCGGUAGCUUCCCACCCUCCAAGGUCUUGGUUAUUGGCGCCGGUGUGGCUGGAUUGGCCGCCAUUGGAACGGCCAAGAACAUGGGAGCCAUUGUCCGAGCCUUUGAUACUCGUUUGGAAACCAAGGAGCAAGUGGAAUCGUUGGGGGGAGAUUUCUUGGUCCUCGACUUUGGAGCCGACGAGUCUGGAGGCACUUCGUCUGGAUAUGCCAAGGUCAUGAGCGACGACUUUUACCAAAAGGAGAUGGAAAUGUUCAAGAAGCAGGCCCGCGAGGUGGAUGUCAUCAUUACCACUGCUGCCAUUCCCGGACGCAAGGCCCCCGUCCUCAUCAAGCAAGAUGCCGUGGAUGUCAUGAAGGCAGGCAGCGUGAUUAUUGAUUUGGCUGGAGCCACUGGAGGAAACUGUGCCCUCACCCGACCCGGCGAGUCCUACGUGUACGAGAAGAGCCGAGUGACGAUUAUUGGUUCCGACAUGACCAACCAAGCCAUGGCAUGGCAAGCAUCGACGAUGUACAGCAACAACGUCGUCAAUCUGUUUGAUAUUCUCUUCAAGGAGAAGCAGUACAACAUUGACAUGGAAGAUACGAUUGUUCGCGGCAUGACCUGUGUCCAUGAGGGCCAAAUCACCUUCCCACCCCCCGACAGUCUGUUGGCUACCAGUGCCGCCCCUGCCAAGAAGCAACAAGAGAUGGCUGUCCAAGAAGUUGUCGAGAAGAAGCCCGGUCUGCUAGACACUCGCGUGUUUGAUUUGGCACCACUGGGAGAAUUCGUGGCCAUUGCUUUCAUUGGUGUCUUCUUUGGCAUUGUGGCGGCAUAUGCUCCUGUCAGCUUUGCACAACAGUUGGGAUACUUUAUUUUGGCUGGCUUUUUGGGAUACUAUUUGAUCUGGAACGUGGAGCCAUCACUCUUCAGCCCCUUGAUGAGUACCAGCAAUGCCUUGUCCGGUGUUGUCAUUUUGGGAGGUCUCUUGAUGGUUUCCAACGAUACUGGCUCCCCAGCAUCCGUCAUGGGAUGCAUUGCGACGGGUGUGGCCGCCAUUAACGUGUUUGGUGGCUUUGCAGUGUCCUAUCGUAUGCUGCUCAUGUUCAAGAAGGAGUAAAAGCAACAGCACAGACAAACAAAACAACAACAUGCGCCUCGUUCUAGCUUUCUUUUUCCGUUCCUCGCUGCGUGAUUACUACAUGACCAUACAUGAUAACCAAAAUAGUUGCAUUUUU